AUGUCUUCCCUUUCUUUCAUUUUGUUUUGCUUCCAAGCUUGCUUGAUACAGAAUGUAUUCAGCCAGUCCCUUGGACCUUUAGGCUAUGGCCCGGGUCCCGCAGCUGCUAUGGCUCCAGGCUUGGCACAUUAUGGCUAUGGGCCUGGUCUGCCCCCUGCGCCUUUCGGAGUUGCCCCAAUGGCUGUGGAGCUCGGCGGACUCGGACCAGGCUGUGCCCCAGCACAUAUAGAACUCGGUGCAUACGGCGGAGCUGGAGUCGGAGACGUCGCAGUUGCUGGUGAAAUGCCAGUCGCUGGUACCACCCUCGUCGCCGGACAAGUGCCAAUCCUCGGCGCCGUGCGCUUCACUGGUGAUCUGCCAGCCUCUGGCAAAGUCACCAUUUCUGGCAGCUGCGGAUGCGGAUGCAACCGUGGCCCUAGCCCGUAUUAUUACUAA